GCGUAGUACAAGACUCUGCACAUGUCAUUGGGCCAAUCCUCCCGCUAGAUUCGGGCCCAAGUCGCAAGUGUCACUCCGCCGACCAUCUCAGAAUGCGCCGAUCCAGGAUGCGCACGAUGAUAAAAAGGAGACGCCGGCCUCUUCCUUCCGCGUGGUCGUGGCUUUCACUACCUACUUUGUAUUGAAACCCCCGUUGCAUGAAUUCCCUCUCCCGCCAUGACUAACGACACGCGGACCUGCUACUACCCCUCCGGCGAGGACGCUGGGAGUAGCAACGUCCCUUGCUCGUCUGACGAGUACACUUCCUGCUGUGGACAAAACGACCUCUGUCUUUCCAACGGGCUCUGUCUAAGCGUCUCCCAUCAACCCUACGUUUUGAGUCGAGGCGCCUGCACAGAUCCACAGUGGGGCUCCAAUUGCUCCCAAUAUUGUCAGGACAAUAAUCCCACGGGGGGCUGUUCGAUCAUCAACCUCGAAUACACGGAUGGCGUUUCGACAUAUUGCUGUGGCACGCCGGUGGCUAAUAGUGAUGAUGAAGUCGUCUGUCCCAAUAAUGCGAGCUCGUUUGAAGUCCCGACUGGUCACGCCGUGGUGGGGUAUGCGAUGCUGGCGAAUGUCUCCUCUCUCGAUGCAACGGCGAAGACGACCUGCUCCUCGUCAAAUACGACCACCACAGUCCUGGCCACCUCGACCGCCUCGUGUCCGAGUGGCGCUUCUGGUCAUGAUACCGCGAUUGGAGCGGGAGUAGGAGUCUCGCUGGGGGUGGUGGCUCUGGCCUCGAUCGCAUGGGCAUUGUUUGAACGGAGGCGCGCGACCGCAAGGAAACUGGUGGAGUUGCCGGCCGAUCCCCGCCAGACGGCGCAGGUUUAUACGCAACCAUUUCAAUCUGGUGGUGGGCUGGUCCCAGCUGAGUUGGAUGGGGCGAAGCGGCCCUCGGAGCUGGCUACUCCUCACCCUUGAGCCCCAGUCAUUGAGGGAGUUUUCUACAUAGUUGAUUACCUGAAUAUCCUUGCGCAGCAAGUAGUAGCGAAGAGCUGCCCUAGCAUAGCACAGCACAAAAAGGAAGCAGCAAGUACUUAAUAAUGGAG